CUUUCUCUCUCUCUUUUAAGCCGCCAUUUUCCCCAAAACCCUAAAAUAACCGCCAUUAUAUCCAAUUCCUUCUUCUUCUUCUUCUGCUACUCCUUCAAUGGCGGACCCAGCUAAUAAUAUACCUAACGACGACAACAACGAUAACUCGGCUUUUUCUUCCAAUCCAGCAGAGAAAACCGUUAGCAAAAAUGCUCAGAAGAAAGAGCUGAAGAACCAAAAGAAGGAGGAAGAGAAACGCCUUAAGGAAAAGGAAAAGGAGAAAAAGGCUGCCGAAAAGCCAAAAUCAGCAGUCUCGAAGCAGGCUGCUGCAGAUGACGAGGAGAUGGACCCAACGCAAUAUCAUGACAACAGGCUGAAAGCGCUUGAGGCUCAAAAGGCAGAAGGAUUGAAUCCUUACCCUCACAAAUUCCAUGUAUCGAUGUCUGUUCCUGAAUACAUACAGAAGUAUGAAUACUUGAAUAAAGGGGAACAUUUGGAGGAUGUUGAAGUAUCGUUGGCUGGGCGACUGAUGAGCAAACGAUCUUCAUCAUCAAAGCUGUUUUUUUACGACUUGAUUGGUUCUGGGGCUAAGGUGCAAGUUAUGGCUGAUGCAAGGACUUCCAUUUUGGAUGAAGUUGAAUUUUCCAAGUACCAUGCUGGUGUGAAGCGUGGAGAUAUUGUUGGCGUCGUCGGGUUUCCAGGAAAAAGCAAGAAAGGCGAGCUGAGUAUUUUCCCAAAGUCAUUCACAGCUUUAUCACAUUGUCUUCAUAUGAUGCCUAGGCAAAAGAGUGCAGCUGCUGUUGAAAAUCCUAAUAUAAAGAAGUUGGAUGCUUGGACUCCUGGAAUUAGUAGAAAUCCUGAUGCUUAUAUAUUGAAGGACCAGGAAACUCGUUAUCGCCAGCGUUAUCUGGAUUUGAUGGUAAAUUCUGAAGUUAGACAUAUAUUCAAAACCCGAGCAAAGAUCGUAGCUUAUGUUAGACGUUUUCUCGACAAUCUUGAUUUUUUGGAGGUUGAAACUCCUAUGAUGAACAUGAUUGCUGGCGGGGCAGCAGCGCGUCCAUUUGUGACACAUCACAAUGAUCUAAACAUGCGACUGUUUAUGCGAAUUGCCCCUGAACUUUAUCUGAAGGAGCUUGUUGUUGGUGGACUUGAGCGUGUAUAUGAGAUUGGUAAACAGUUCAGGAAUGAGGGAAUAGAUCUGACACACAAUCCUGAAUUCACAACCUGUGAAUUCUAUAUGGCUUAUGCAGAUUAUAAUGAUGUGAUGGAGCUAACUGAACAAAUGUUGAGUGGCAUGGUCAAGGAGCUGACAGGUGGUUACAAGGUUAAAUAUCAUGCCAAUGGGUUAGAUAAUGACCCUAUUGAAAUCGACUUCACUCCCCCUUUCAGACGGAUUGAUAUGAUUGACGGGUUGGAGGAGAUAGCCAAUCUUAGCAUACCCAAAGACCUUGCGAGUGAUGAAGCCAAUAAAUAUCUUGCUGAUGCAUGCACGAAGUUUGAUAUCAAAUGUCCUCCGCCUCAAACAACAGCAAGAUUGUUGGACAAGCUUGUUGGACACUUUUUGGAGGAGCAAUGUGUUAAUCCUGCUUUUAUUAUAAACCACCCUGAGAUAAUGAGUCCACUGGCAAAAUGGCAUCGUUCCAAGCCAGGCUUAACUGAACGUUUUGAAUUGUUUAUCAACAAGCAUGAGCUUGCCAAUGCAUACACUGAACUUAAUGAUCCAGUGGUACAGCGAGAACGCUUUGCCAAUCAACUGAAGGAUCGACAAUCAGGGGAUGAUGAAGCAAUGGCUUUAGAUGAGACUUUUAUUAAGGCUCUUGAAUAUGGUUUACCACCAACUGGUGGGUGGGGUUUGGGUAUUGAUAGGCUUACAAUGUUGCUUACGGAUUCACAGAACAUCAAGGAAGUUCUACUUUUCCCGGCUAUGAAACCACAGGAUGAGCCUCCUGUCAAAGCUGUAGAAGCUUUGAAAAUCUGAUAUGAUAUCUUCAGUUUUGCGUUCACAAGGUGAUCAGGGUCCAAGUUUUGCUCAAUACGGUUCAUGUUGGAUAUUGCUUUGCUUCGACAGUCUUGUGAGACUGUCAAAAUCUGUGAUCAAUAGUUUAGUACUAAAAGUUGAAAUGUUACUAUCUGAUGUGCUACAGCAUAUUUCCAAAUUGAAAUUACAAUAUUUUUUAUUUGAUACUGCAGCUGUUAUGCAAA